CCACGUUCUUUUUUUUGGUGUUGCACCUUCCGCACGUGCAGUACGAGCAGAAUGCCGAAGCACCAGUUCCUCAUCUACAGCAGGAACUCGACAGAACAGGAUUCAAACCACAAAUAAGCAUCAUACCCAUCAUGGCUACCAAUCAAACACCACCCAAGCUGGUGAACGAAUCCAUAUUCGAGUUCUUGACAACAGAGAUGGUCGAAGCCAUGAUCAGGACCGUCAAGGACGACUCGCUCAAACUCGGCUCUGACAGCGACCCUUCAUAUGGCAACCCCAAUGAUGCUGCAGGUGGACCCAAGGACUAUUCAGAAGGAGACGAGGCCAUGGAAGCAGUGUUCUAUAAGCUGGAAAUGAUCGGUUUCCGCGUGGGUGAGCGGUUGAUUGAAAGAAUCAGCAAGGACAGGAUGAGGUUCACAGAUAACUUGGAAGUCAUCAAGUUUGUGUGCAAAGAGGUCUGGAUGUUUCUCUUCAAGAAGCAGAUUGACAACUUGAAGACGAACCAUAGGGGAGUAUAUGUUCUUCAGGACAGCAACUUCCGCUGGUUCAGCAGGAUGGCUCACGACCCAAACUCUGCAGAGUCCAUAAAACGUGUAACACCAUAUCUCUGGUUCCCGUGUGGCAUCCUGCGAGGAAUUCUUUCCAACCUGGGCAUUGUGUGCAAUGUUGUAGCAGAACCAUCGUCCCUACCGGCCUGCACCUUCCAGAUCAAGAUUGCCAAGGCAACAUGAUCAGUUAUCGAAGUGCACCGCGUGUCAAUUGAAGAAUCAAGAAGGACAGACGUAGGAAAAACCAAUAAACUAUCUGUCCAGCCA